CUCCAAGAAUACAAUGUAACCAGAUCAGACGUGUGUCAGGAUCGCAUGUGGAGGAGGUUUGUCCUCUGGCGGCCGCCGUCCCAGCUGAGAUCCACACACUGUUCUGCACAUGGUGCUGCAGGAAGUGAAUCUGAGAGUGCUGAGAGUAGAGAGUGGUCGGGGCUGUCAGCUAUGGGAGGACAAAAUAAAAGCAAGAAGAGCAACAAGAGGAGGCAGAGGAGAGGAGGACAUGAUGUAGCUGGCUUGUCCGCACAAGAUCGCGUGAAUGUCAGGAUGCAAAACAAAGCAAAAAAGAAAACUGCUCAGAAAUACUCGGUACAUCAGCUCCUGGAGAAGACUGAAGAAUAUUUGGACAAUUUGAACUAUGAGAUGGCCAAGCUGUUUUGCCAGCGAGCCCUGGACAUAGAGCCGGACAACCUGGACAUACUGGACAUGAUGGGGAACAUCUGCAUGGAGCUCGGCGAUGGUGACAAAGCCAAACAGGUCUUUCUGAGAGCCGCCGAGCUCAGUCCAGACAAAGGACACUCCAAAUACAUGUGUCUCGGACAGAUUCAUUGUAAGGAGGAAGCCUUACAGUACUUCAAUAAAGGAUUGGAAAUGAUGAUCAGCGCUUAUCAGAGCCAGCCACAAGUGUCGGGGGCCGCGAGCUGGCCAGAGGAGAAUGAAGUCACUACAAAGGACAUCUCCACAGCGUUCUGCUCCAUCGCAGAGAUCUAUCUCACUGAUCUUUGCAUGGAAGAAGGAGCAGAUGAUAAAUGUAAAGAAGCCAUUGAAAAAGCUCUUGAAUAUAGUCCAAACAGCCCCGAAGCCUUGCAGCUGAUGGCAAGUUACCUCUUCAGCAUGGAUCUGCCACAAGAAGGUAAAGAAUAUUUGCUGAAAAGCCUGGCAUCAUGGCUGCCAAGCAUGCAGAAGAAGUCAGAACAGGAGGAUGAGGCAAGUCAGCUGGAAACAUCGGAGGCCGUUUUCCCACUUUAUGAAUCCCGAAUCGCAACCGCCAAGCUACUGAUAGAAGCCGAAGAGUAUGAGCUUGCCGCUGAGAUUCUGGAAGGUCUUUUGGAAGAAGACGAUGAAGUAAUACAGGUUUGGUAUCUUCUGGGAUGGGUCUGUUAUCUGCAAGCCAAGGAGCCCGAAGAGGAGGAAGCUUUCAAGGACUCUGCCAGGACGUAUCUGAGGAAAGCCAAAAAGCUGUAUGUGAAGCUGAAGUGUGAUGACCCGCCAGUCCUGGAGCACGUUGAUCAAUUACUUGGCGAACUGGGUGCUGAAGACACGCAACAAGAUUCUGAAACCGAAGACGCCCCGGUGGACAAUAUUGAUGAUGACUUUGUCCAAAGUAGUGAUGAUGAAACAAUGGAGUCUUGAAAUGCAAAUAUUUUUUAAAUAAAAACGUUUUGAUUAGUAAAACAA